CAGUCUCUCACGGUGUCGACUUCUACCACGGAAACCGUUAAUGGCGUCCAUGAAUUCAAGAUCUGUGGCUAUUCUCUCGCCAAAGGCGUUGGUGUCGGCAAAUACGUCGCUUCCGAUACGUUUAUGAUCGGUGGUUACUCGUGGGCUAUCUACUUUUAUCCUGAUGGGAAGAGUCCUGAGGAUAACUCGUCUUACGUUUCUUUGUUCAUAGCACUCGCUAGCGAAGGAGCUGAUGUCAGGGCUCUCUUUGAGCUCACGCUUGUCGAUCAGAGUGGUAAUGGGAAGCAUAAGGUUCAUAGCCAUUUUGGUAGAGCUCUCGAAAGCGGUCCUUAUACUCUCAAGUAU